CACCGCCGGCGCCGCGCUCGGCAGAAGCAGGAAGUGCGACCAAAACAAAGGAGCGGCGGCUAGGAGCAGACUCCCUCCUUUUGCCUCCUGCUGCGUCCACCUAGCCCUGGCAGCGGACCCCAAGGAGCCGUCCGACCAUGUCCAACAUGGAGAAACACCUGUUCAACUUGAAGUUCGCGGCCAAAGAACUGGGCAGGAGUGCCAAGAAAUGCGACAAGGAGGAAAAGGCCGAAAAGGCCAAGAUUAAAAAGGCCAUUCAGAAGGGCAACAUGGAAGUUGCGAGGAUACACGCCGAGAACGCGAUUCGCCAGAAGAACCAGGCGGUGAAUUUCCUGAGAAUGAGUGCGCGGGUGGACGCGGUGGCUGCCAGGGUCCAGACCGCCGUGACGAUGGGCAAGGUGACCAAGUCGAUGGCCGGUGUGGUUAAAUCGAUGGACGCGACGUUGAAGACCAUGAAUCUCGAGAAGAUCUCCGCCCUGAUGGACAAGUUCGAACACCAGUUCGAGACUCUGGACGUGCAGACCCAGCAGAUGGAGGACACGAUGAGCAGCACGACGACGCUGACCACUCCCCAGGGCCAGGUGGAUAUGCUGCUGCAGGAAAUGGCAGACGAGGCCGGCCUCGACCUCAACAUGGAGCUGCCGCAGGGCCAGACCGGCUCCGUGGGCACGAGCGUGGCCUCGGCGGAGCAGGACGAACUGUCCCAGAGGCUGGCCCGCCUCCGGGACCAGGUGUAACCGCCGAACCCGCACAGAGGUGUCCUGGCCACAGCCGCCUUCGGAAGACGGUUGCCCCACACUAGGAAGUCGGACCUCGCCCCAAUGCCGAAAUGCUCUUUACUUAAGAUGCUUCUACCUUUGGGUUUACAAAGCUCUCCAGAUACAUUAAGUUACAGGCUUUUCUCCACUCUUAACUGGAUUUCGAAGUUCUCGUGAUGUGUAUUUUUAUAGCUGUCUCUUAACAGAACUAGUUAAUUUGUCGGAUAUGACUCUUCCCCCAAAAUUUGGUCAAAACUCUAAUUCCCGGGUAUUCACUUUUCUGCCCGAAUUAUAAGAAUUGAAGGUUUUCUUAAUGUUCUGUAAUUAGAGUUGUAAUUAGAGUUAAUUUUCUGUAUCUAGAGUUGACAGGUGGUGAUUACUUGAACUGAUUACAGGGCUAUUAACCCCUCAUUCAGAGACUUACUUAAUGGACAAUGCUAUUCUGUGUAUCCUUUGUUUUUCACCAUCAAACCCGGACAGCAGUUGACUAUUGAUCUGUUCUCGUAACUUAACGCUAAAAUUACUUUAGGACUUUCUGGCAUAAUACUCUUACUGUUUACGUUCUAUAAAUGUGUUUGUGUGGAAGUUGUCUUUUUAUAAGUGGAAAAAAAUGCCACGUAACUUCCAUUUAUUAUGAGAGAAAAUUGUUCAUUUAUGGUUUGGGAUUUACAAAGUUUAACAUGCGACAGUUUUUUCCAAAUGAACUUCUCUCACACAAUUCUAAUUAUCUUCCUAUUUCAACACUUUAAUUAGAUAUCUUUUAAAGUAUGUGAAUUAGCAUGACAGUCCUAUUACUCUAACAUUGCCAAAGAACUGUUGGUUGGUUUGGGAAAGCCCUGGGACUGUGUGUUUCUAGGUUUUGUUUUUAUUUUAAUCAAAAAUAGAAAUAAAAUUAGCACUGCAUUUUAGGUUCUAA